AUGAGUGACUGUGUGUACCUCAUGAGAGACAGCAGACGCACUACAGAAGGCCAGCCGGUGCGUCAGUCAUACCGUCUCCUGUCUCAUAUCAACAGAGACAAACUGGACAUCUUCCGUAUUGAGAAACUCUGGAAAAACGAAAAAGGUGAGAGGUUUGCCUUUGGUCAUCACUGCUUCCGUCCCCAUGAGACGCACCACUCUCCUUCCCGCCGCUUCUAUCAUAACGAGUUGUUCCGAGUGCCUCUGUAUGAGAUCAUACCGCUGGAGGCGGUGGUGGGAACAUGCUGUGUGUUGGACCUGUAUACUUACUGCAAGGGUCGUCCGAAAGGGGUAAAGGAACAGGACGUUUACAUCUGCGACUACCGGCUGGAUAAAUCAGCACACCUGUUCUACAAGAUCCACCGCAACCGGUACCCAGUGUGCACCAAGCCCUAUGCGUUCAACCACUUCCCCAAAAGACUGACACCGAAGAGGGACUUCUCAAUUAACUACUUCACUGGUCAAAUGUCUCCUAUGACUAUGUGGUACUAUAUUUGGCCUUCAUUUCGGGUGCAAAUGGAAACAUGGGAGUCUGGCGCCACUUUGUGGUCGACAAUGGGAAUGACUUAA